AUGCGCUUUAGAACUUCGAUUAUCAAUGAACAUCGCCGGUUUUCAUCGUCUUCACGGUCAUGGGUAUCUCCGAUUUGCUUUUCAGAGAAGAAGAAACCAGACUCACCACCACCCGAAUCCUCCUCAAUCUUCUCACCUGUGGAAACAAACCCUAAAACCAAGUUCAUCUCCCACGAUUCUGCUGUCAAUUUGAUCAAACGCGAGAGAGAUCCUCAACGUGCGCUUGAUGUGUUCAACAAAGCGUCACAGCAGAAAGGUUUUAACCAUAACAAUGCUACAUACUCUGUGAUUUUGGAUAAUCUCGUUAGGCACAAGAAGUUUCAAGCAGUUGAUGCGAUUCUUCAUCAGAUGAAGUACGAGACUUGCAGGUUUCAAGAAGGUGUGUUCCUUAACCUAAUGGAACAUUUCUCCAGAUUCGAUUUGCACGAUAAGGUGAUUGAGAUGUUUAGCUUGAUUGGAGUGAUUGCUCGUUUGAAGCCUUCUCUUAAUGCCUUUAGUACUUGUCUCAAUCUCCUUAUCGAUUCAGGGGACGUCGAUAAGGCAAGGAAACUUCUCUUGUAUGCCAAACGUAAUCUUGGUUUGCAGCCGAAUACUUGCAUUUUCAACAUUCUGGUGAAGCACCAUUGCAAGAAUGGGGAUAUCGAUUCUGCAUUUCGAGUUGUCGAGGAGAUGAAAAGAUCGGGAAUUUCGUAUCCCAAUUUGAUCACUUACUCCACCCUAAUGGACUGUCUGUUUGCAAACUCUAGGUCCAAAGAAGCUAUGGAGUUGUUCGAGGAUAUGAUCUCGCAAGAAGGGAUUUCGCCUGAUCCCGUGACUUUCAAUGUUAUGAUUAACGGAUUCUGUCGUGCAGGGGAAGUUGAGAGAGCCAAGAUGAUUAUAGACUUCAUGAAGAAGAAUGGAUGCAGCCCAAACGUAUACAAUUACUCGGCUCUGAUGAAUGGGUUCUGUAAAGAGGGAAAGACUCAGGAAGCUAAACAAAUCUUUGACGAGGUGAAGGAAACCGGGUUGAGACUCGACACAGUUGGUUACACCACGUUGAUGAACUGUUUGUGUAGAAAUGGUCAAAUCGAUGAGGCUAUGGAGUUACUUGGAGAGAUGAAGGCAUCAGGAUGCAGAGCUGAUGCAUUAACUUAUAAUGUAAUACUCAGGGGAUUGUCCAGUGAAGGUAGAUCAAAAGAAGCUCUUCAGAUGCUGGAUCAAUGGGGUCGUGAAGGAGGUCAUCUGAACAAAGGUAGUUAUAGGAUCAUACUAAAUGCGUUGUUGAAGAAUGGUGAGCUCGAGAAAGCGGUGGAGUUUCUGAGUUUAAUGUCGAAGAGAGGGGUUUGGCCUCACCAUGCGACUUGGAACGAGUUGGUUGUUCGGCUUUGCGGAUCCGGGAAUACAGAAAUUGGGGUUCGAGUUCUGACUGGGUUUCUGGAAAUAGGUUUCAAACCAGAGCCUGAGUCUUGGGGAGCUGUGGUUAAAUCAAUUUGCAAAGAGAGGAAGUUGUUGCAUGUAUUUGAACUGCUUGAUUCCUUAGUUUCAUGA